GGAGUUAUUUUGUGUCUGCUGCAGAAAGUCAGUGCAGUUCAUAAAUAUAUAUAUAUAACUAAAUAUUUUACUGUGGCUGGUUACAUUAUUCUAGUGCCCAAGACUUUUACUAAAUUCGGGGAUAAAAAACCUAAAUCUGCAAGUUGUGAUUGGAGGCCAACGGAGACAUCACGUGGUUUGGGUCGCUGACAGUAUAAACCCUUGGAGACGGGUGCGCACGUGGGUGACGCUGCAGGGCCAACCCUCUUCGGGGUCCCUUUUGUUGAACCAUCAAACAUAAGCACCUUUGGAGAUCCCGAGGGGUUCAGAUGAGAAACAGCUAUCAUCUUGUGCACGGAGUGAUCACUUAUCAGCGGCGCAACCAUGUCGAGGUCUUUUUACGUUGAUUCUUUAAUAAUCAAGGAUACGGUGCGACCUGGACCAAUCGAGCAUCCAGGACAAGAGUUCCUUAUUCCCAUCAGCAUGCACUCUCCGAGCGUAAUGACGGUCACCGCUCCGGUGUGCCCAUCCAGGAAAAACGGGACUUUCUGUGUUUGCCCGCUGUGCGUCACGUCCCACAUCCACUCUUCCCGCAGCGGCAUUCCCAUGCUGAAGAGUCAGUUUCCAGGAGCGGAGGCACAGUACUGUCAGAGAAUAGCUCACCAGCAGUCUCCUGCACUCGCGCACCCGGGACACACACCUGUCUGCACGCCCACCUUCAGCGUCACAGAUCCCAGGAGAUACCACUGUCUUUCUAUUGGCGCCUCCGAGAACAGCCACAUACAGAAUGGCAAGAGGAUGCGCACGGCUUUUACAAGCACGCAACUCCUGGAACUUGAAAGGGAGUUUUCCACGAACAUGUAUCUUUCGAGACUCAGAAGAAUCGAAAUCGCCACAUAUUUGAACCUGUCAGAGAAACAGGUGAAAAUCUGGUUUCAGAACCGCAGGGUGAAGCAUAAGAAGGAGGGGAAAGCCACCCAAAGGACCGCGCACAGCGGUUGCAAGUGCACAACCGGUCACACAGACUAUUCAAGGUCAGAGGACGAGGAGUCUCUAUCUCCGGCCUCUGCUGAGGAGGAGAAAGAAGUGUCACCCAUCUGAGAGCGUCGCGACUUCCCAAUUCCCACUGCUGGCACUUACUGUUACAGUUCUGGGUUAGGGCAUCACAGCAACCUCUGGGCCAAAAAUCUCCCGCAUGAAGAGUGUACUUUUAAAAUGAAAUAUGUGGAUACAUGUUUUAACGCCGUUGUGAAAUAUUGGGAAACGUGACCUAUGUAUUGAUGUAUUUUGACCCCUUCAGGGUUCUCACCUAUACCCAGGUCUAGUUAAUUAUCCUCAGUAAAUGUUUUCAAUUAUUGCCUGAUAUCCCAUCACUGUCAGUGAGGUUGUGUGGUAAUGAAAGCCCUUAGAAAUAGCAUAGGCCUAACCUGUGUGGAACCUGUACGCAACAAUUUGUAAACUAUGUAUAUCUGUAUUUAUUGUAAUAAACAUGAGUUGACCUAAGAAACUGUCAAUGUGUUGUCUUACUAUGAUCAAUGAUGUGUUCA